AUGCCCAUCCGCCCUACUCCUUAUGAGAACACAUCAUCAUUGAGUAUUUACCUUAGUGGAGGCGUCACACUCACUCCUGGAUUUGCUGAGCGUCUUCAGGCUGAACUUGUCAAGUUGUUUCCAAAGACAUUGGUCAUACAGGUGUGUUAUGUAGCUGAAGACUAUGAUGCUGAAAUGAGAAAGUGCAGUGAAGACGUGGGGCUAUGUACCGCUAGUGUUGAUUUGGAACCCUAUGAUUUACCAGAUAAAAACAAGAGUAUUUACCUUAGUGGAGGCGUCACACUCACUCCUGGAUUUGCUGAGCGUCUUCAGGCUGAACUUGUCAAGUUGUUUCCAAAGACAUUGGUCAUACAGGUGCAUGCAGCUGCCGAGCGAUACCAUUCAGCUUACCUUGGUGCUUGUAUUCUUGCAAGUCUCAAUGCAUUUACUAAUAUGUGUAUCAGUAGGGAAGAAUAUACCAAGAGAGGACCAGCCUGUGUCAGCAAAUGGGAAAUCCGAUAA